CAAAGUUUUAGUUAUGCUGUAGGAAUGGUUGGCAAUGUCAGAUUAUAUUACUAAAGGACUACCUGUGACAUCUGAAGUGUAUGUGCCAGCAAUACAUAUGAAUUCAUCAGUAUUUAUUGGUCAGGUCUUCCAAACUAAAAGAAAUCAAUAUGAAAAUGAAGAAAUGAAAAUAAACUACCAUGGUACUGAAAUUCCAUAUCGGACUGAAUGUCAGGUCAAAACACCAGCAGAUGAAGAAAACACAAGAAGUGUUGAAUGUAAUACAACAGAGAGCUGCUUUUGCGAUGAAGUUUCAUUGCAGGUCGAAACACCAUCAGAUAAAGACAACACAGGAAAUGUUGAAUGUAACAGCAGGGAGAGCCAUCCUUCCUAUGAAGCUUCAAUGCAGGGACCGAUUGCUUUUUUCUAUAUGCUGUCUGUACGGAUCAUAAGAAUAAGAAACCUCAGAGAAGCAGAUUUGUUAAGCCAAAGUGAUUGUUGUGUAAGUUUGAGAUUGCCAUCAUGUUCCUUCGACACUGCACGGACAAAAACUAUUUCAAAUUGCAGAAAUCCAGUCUGGAAUGAAACAUUCUUCUUCAGGAUUCAGAAUAUGGCUAAGAAUAUACUUGAAAUAAAAAUCUGUGAUGAAGACAGCCCAUUCAGUGAUGAGGAACUCUGCACAGUUACAUUUGAUAUAGCAAAUCUUCAGAUUGAAGAAAGAGUUUGCAAGCAUUUUGAAUUGAACAAAGAGAAAAAUGAACUGCUAGAUGUGGAAUUCUAUUUGGAACAUAUAUCAGAUAUGUCAGAAAACCUUAUAAGUAAUGGAGUACUCUUGUCUCGGGAACUUUGCUGCCUAAAAGUAGAAGUGAAUCACAGAGGAAGGAAGAAAAAAAGAAAAAAGCAAAACUUUGCAUGUACACUGAGAGGAUCUUAUGAAGAUGCACGGAAUAUUUUAUUGGAUUCAAGUUCCAGAAAUGCCCCACCAAAUCACACAACUUUCCACUAUGCCAAGUAUUGUAAUCCCAAACUAGAGAUGCAAUUAUUGAAGAAACGUUCCAUUUGUAGUUCAAAUUCUGGGAAAACACUCUCCUUCACCUUGCCUUUGUGUCGGGUUCCUUUGGGAGAGAGAGUACAAGUAGCAAAUGAUAAAGCACAUGAGGUCUUUGUGACAACAGCAAACUGCCAGAAAAGCCUUGAUAUGCGUUUGGGCUUUGAUCUCUGUCCAGAGGAACAGGAUUUCAUCUGUCAGCGCAAGAAAUAUGUUGCUGCUGCUUUGAAAAAUGUUCUUCGGCUAGAAGGAGAACUGCAGAUGAAUGAGGUUCCAGUAGUGGCUCUGAUGACUACAGCUGGGGGAGUAAGAUCAAUGACAGCCAUGUAUGGGAGCCUAUUAGGUUUCCAGAAACUCAAUCUCUUGCACUGUGUUUCAUACAUCACUGGUUUAUCUGGCACAACAUGGAGUAUGAUAAAUUUAUAUAGAGAUCCAUAUUGGUCACAGAAGAAUCUAGAAGGUGUGAUCACUGAUGUUCGGAAACAAGUGAUGAAGAAUAAACUGUGCUGUUUUAGUGGAGACCACUUGAAAUAUUAUGAGAAGGAAAUAUUGAACAGAUAUGAUGAAGGUCACAAGCUAUCAUUUUCAGAUCUCUGGGGACUAAUACUUGAAUCCAUGUUUCAUGAUGAGCCAGAUCCCCAUAAGCUCUCAGAUCAACGACAGGCAAUAAAUCUAGGUCAAAACCCUCUUCCUAUCUACCUUUCUCUUAAUGUCAAGAAAAGAUAUAGCACUUUAGAUUUUAAAGAAUGGGUGGAAUUCACACCCUAUGAAGUGGGCUUCUUGAAAUAUGGAGCAUUUAUUAAUGCAGAGAAUUUUGGAAGUGAGUUCUACAUGGGUCACUUGAUGAAGAAGAUUCCAGAAUCCCGGCUUUGUUUUAUGCAAGGCAUGUGGAGUAAUAUCUAUUCCCAGAACCUUCUUGAUGCCUUAUAUUUAGCAGAACAUUCAGAAGAUUUCUGGCAUAGGUGGACAAGACCUAGAAUGUAUGAAAUCGCAGAAGAUAUUCCCCCUUGGUUACCUAAGAGACCAUAUGUGCAGCCAACACGACUUUUCAUCCCUAAUGGUUCUGUGUCAGAUGUGAUUAGAGAUGUUAUAACCCUGCGUCCAGUUGUUGCAUGCUUUCCCAAUUUUUUGAAAGGUCUGCAGCUGAACAAUAAAUACUUGGAGAACAACAGGUUUUCUAUGUGGAAAGAUACUAUACUGGAUUGUAACCCCAGUCACCUGAUUGACUCUGAAUAUUUAGAGCUUGUAGACACAGCUUUCUUUAUCAACACCAGCUGCCCACCUCUUUUAAGGCCAGAAAGACAAGUGGACAUUAUUAUACAUUUAAAUUACAGUGGAGGAUCACAGACAUUGCCACUGGACUUAAGCACAAGAUACUAUCAUGAGCAGGGCAUCCCAUUCCCUAAGACUGUUCUGACAGAAGAAGACAGGAAGCAUCUCAAGGAAUGUUAUCUCUUUGAUGAUGCAGAGAGUCCAAAGGCUCCUAUAUUGCUGUAUUUUCCACUGGUGUGUGACACCUUCCAAAAAUACAAGUCACCUGGUGUGGAACGCAGUCCAAGUGAGAUGGAUGAUGGCUAUGCUGAUGUUACUAGCACUAUUUUUUCUCCAUACGCUACUGGCAUACUGCAAUACUCAGAGGAGGACUUCAAUAAGCUGAUAAAUUUAACCCACUAUAAUAUUCUGAACAAUGAACAUAUGAUUCUUCAGGCUUUACGGACAGCAAUUGAAAGAAAAAAGCAGCAGAAUUUCCGUUCCUCUUUUUAAUCCUUUCCAGUGCUUUCCCCAUAUUUUCUAAACAGGUUUAAUUUCUUUGUGCUACUGACCAGUAAUAAACACAUGGGAAAUAGGAUAGGCAUCAGAUUUAGAAAAAUCAAUUUGGAACAGAAUUUAGAGCUGUCUGAGUUGAAGGAGAGCUUACUGAAAUUAAUUCAAUCCAUUUGAUGUGAUCAAUACAUUUAUUUGGCAUGUCUUCCCCCUUCAAAAGUGCUUUAUCUUUGUUCAUAUGCAAAUAUGAACAGAUAUAUUGAGAGAUAGUGCUCAGAAAUUAUGUAUUCACAAGCUGCUUUACAAAAUGGAAUUAGAAUAAAAAUUUAAAUUAUAGUCCAGCAUAUUAUAAGCUUUAUUGAAGUACAGUCAUUAAAGGGCAAAGGAUUCUGAAUUUCAAGUUUGGGACUUACUUUAUAAAUUUGAAGAUGACUGUACUAAGUGAAGAUAUGUAUUUAUAUAACAGAUAUGCGGGUAUGGAUAAGAUACACUUACAAAUCAGACAUAGAUUUUAAAACCGAAAUAAUGAUUUUGCAACUGUUCAGCACCCAAACUGCACCUGUGAAUUUCUGAUAUUUUUAUUUCCAUCCUUGCCCAAGAUAGGCUGGAAUCAUUAUGAGGGAGGGGUCAUCCUGCCCAAAAUUUCUACCACCAGAAAUCCUGUUUUUUCCAACAAUUCUUGAGAAGGUUGAGUAUCCCAAAGAUGCUUUUCCAAAAGGCAACUGGAUUUUCUUGACUUUUUUCCUUGAAAACAUUUCACUUCUCAUAUAAGAAGCUUCUGCAGUUCAGCUGAGUACAGGUAGUCCUUGACUUACAACAGUUCAUUUAGUGACUAUUUAAAGUUACUACGGCAUUGAGAAAAGUGACUUAUAACUAUUUUUCACACUUAUGACCAUUGCAGCAUCUCCAUGGUCAUAUGAUUUACAUUCAGAUGCUUGACAACCGACUCACAUUUAUGACUAGAUUCACACAGAGCCUGUUUGGUGGCAUUUGUGCUACCAAUAUUUGGGCAAAGAGAAGUAGAUUUCAUGGCUGUUGCUCAACUGAGAAACACUUGGUUGCUAUCAGACAGGAGCCACCUGUCACACGAGUUAUUAGGAACAGAAAAUGUGGAAAUGCCCCAAAUAUAUAUCUAAAACUACUAGCCAAGAGGCAGAAAACAUGGAGUUAUCUGGGGUUUGAGUAGAUGCUGAUGAGCAGAAUAUUGGAGAAGAUUUGUAUAUAGUACUUUGUUUUCAAAAAGAGUUUAAAUGUUGCAUGUAACCUUUUUUUUAAAAAAUCCAGAAUAGUCUUUGAUUUUCAAAAGCUACUAAUGUGACUUGCAAUGUCAGGGCUCAUUUGAUUUUCAGAAUAGCUUCCUGUCUCAGUUUGGGGGCUGGCAUUAACUUGUAAAGACUUUCAUCAUUGGGGCUACAGAUUCUGAAGGAAGACCAGUUUAUAUUAAGAAUACCUCAAUGAGGGAUUGCCUGGUGUAAGAUUAGUGAGAUAUUCUUGGGACUGACUGAAUUUUAUUUUCAAUGCCAGGCAAAGAAUUGUUUAUCCUCUCAGCACUUUUAAUCAAUUAUUGUAUGAAUCUCAAACAAAUCUUAGAAAUUUCUGCUGCUUAGAAACUCCUCAGGUUCCUCCAUUUAUUGUUUUACCAUUUGUGUGUCAUGUCUCUUAAUUAUUAUAUUGUUUGUUAACUUAUUCAAAAUAUCAUUAGAUGCUCUUAGUAUGUUGUAAACCAUUCUGG